AUACAUUACUGUCCUUCUGUAGCUCACACACUUAUCCUCGGAAUUCAUCCUUAGGUGUGAAAUGAGGCUAAGUGCGCAGCUUGUUGUAAAAUGCGCAGCUGAGGGAGUGUGUACUGUGUGCCAAGGCGGCUCGCCCCGGUUAGCGGGGGGCGUCUGCUGAUGUGCGGCCAGGGGGACGGUGAGUGGCUGAGCGCUGUGAGUGCCUGGCAUCCCCGGGCAGUGUUGCUGCAGCAGUUGGUGGGUGAGGUGUUCAUCUCUCUGGCGUCAUCCCUGCCCAUGAUGGAGUGCAAUCAGAAAGACAUUUCCUACGACGAGCUGUCGUCCUCGUUCAAAGAGGUGACUAUCAUCGAUGUCCGUAAUCGCAACGAAAUACAGGCCUGUGGGCAGAUCCCCGGCUCCCACUGCAUCCCAGUAACGGAGAUCAAGCUGGCGUGUGACCUAGACAAGGAGGCCUUCAAAGCGAGGUACGGUUUUGAGAAGCCAGAGUGCGAGGAUGACUUGGUGGUAUGCUGCAAGUCCGGCGUCCGGUCCAAGGUGGCCUGUGACCUUCUACAGUCCAAAGGAUAUAAGAGGCAUAGGAUCUACCGCGGUUCCUUCAGCGAGUGGGAGGAGAAGGGCGGCGAGGUGCUGAAGCCCGGCCAGCCCCACGAGUUCGAGUUCGAGGACAGCAGCGACGACGAGGCCCAGUCAUACUGCACGACGGGAAGUCCUUGUGCCCUUAAGGGGGGAAGCGCCUCGCCCUCCCACAACACUCCCCUCCAAGCCCCCAGACAGUCCAACAAGAGCCUUUGAUCGUCGUUGAGACCGGACUCUAGCAGGACUCCGUUAGUCAAGUUUUCCCGCAGUGCCAGACAUAUUUUUAUUUUCAACGUAUUAUUCCUCCUAGGGGUCCUUUUUAUUUUUUCUAUAAUUUUUUUUAGGGGCAGCAUCUUUGCAAGUACCAUUUUGGCUCGAUUUUUUUUAUAUGUAGUAAUAAUGAUAUAGUUCUUGCCAUGUGUUGGACAGCAGCGAGACAUGUACCCACAGUGCAAGUUGACUCUAUAGACGAGAACUGUUGAAGAAUAUAGAGAGCGGUCAUGUAAUAUCGGUGUGGCAAAGCCCGACAAGCUCACACGUAUCUCAAGACUACUGGCACAUUGCACACAACAGCUGAAGGGGCUCAGGGUUUUUACUAAUUAUGAAAUAAUCACUCUUCCAACUUCUUAAAUUGUGCGGCAGCAUUAUUUGUGGUGUUUCUGUGGUGGUGUUAGUGCAGCUUUCUUUCAUGUAUCAGAUUAUUUUUAUCGUUUAACAUCUUUUUCUACACUAUGGUUGUAACUAAACUGGUAAUUCAUGAGCCGUCUAUAUAGGCAGCUUAGGUUACUGAACUGCCUUGCACAUAUACCACAUAAUUGAGCAGCAAGUAGAGGUUGUUCAUAGUGAGGUGAGUUGAAAGUGACGGUAGUAGGCAUAGUGGGUUUGUGGCCGUUCUCCAGUAGUGAAUGCUUCGUGGAAAUAGGGUUAUUUUUCUAUAAAGGUAUUAAUCGUAACAGUGAAUGCAAAAUAUAUAAAUAAUAUUCAAAAUAUUUUGUGUAUAUCAGUGCAUUUUAUCAUGAAGCUUGUUUAUCAUAUCAUUAACAUAAAUCAUUUUUUUAUAAUAUA